AUGUCAAGCGACUUUUCAACCCCUUCGCCUCUUACAGUGAUGAUACUGAAGACCCAAGCCGCCACUUCUAUUAUCAUGAGGACGAAUGAACCAGGCAGGCGGAUGCCAGCACAAGGCAACUACUUUCUGCCGGCUGAUCAAGAAGAAUUCGAUAGGCUCGAAAGUGUACACCAAAUGACUACUGCUGUACUGGGGGAUUUAUUCUGGGGACCCGUUGACAAAAAGCUGAUCCCGCGACCGAGCGGUCGAAGGCGCUGUGUUUUGGACGUGGGCACUGGGACGGGAAGUUGGGUUCGAGAGAUGGCAGAAAAAUACGAAAAAGCGGAUUUUAUUGGGAUCGACAUCGUGCCUAUACCACCACCUGCCUCCACAAUCGCCGAAAUGGGGGUGGGGAGCUUGCUGAGAACGACUUAUGAAGAGCCUGCUGACGGCGGCUAUUCCAUGUAUUCUGGCGGGAGGUUUGCGAUGUCAUCUGAGAACCUCGCCGCAAUGCUCCUUGGGACUCCGAUUCCGACUCCGGUUGGCUUACCAGCUACUCCAGGCCCAUACGACUACGGAACACCGGCUUAUGGAGCAUCAGGUUAUGGGACACCAGGUUAUGGAACAUCGGCCCAAACACCAUACUCAAACUACGGUACUCCUCGACAGACAGAGGUCCAUUUUGUGGAGCGUGAUAAUGUUCGCUUCGAAAUACAGGAUAUAUCCGAAGGAUUAGAGUUCCCCGAUGGUGUAUUUGACAUUAUUCAUUGCAGAUACGUCCUCACGCUUGGUGUUCCCGAUUACAAGACUGCAAUACGAGAGCUAGUGCGAGUACUUCGACCAGGAGGAUUGUUGUUAAUGGCAGAAUCUUCUGUCCCGUUUUGCCUUUCGGAUGGGUCCGACCCUGCCCUUGGGACUGCGACACGCGAACUAAUUGAGAUCGUACGCGCCUCUAUCAAAGAGGCUGGCCUUGAUCCCGAAUUGAGAUUGAAACUGAGUUCAGAGUUAAUUAACAACCCCAAGAUUGAAAAAAUUGAAACACGGGAGUUUGCGCUUCCUCUAGGGAUUGGCCCACCGACGUGA